AUGGAUAUUCCAGAGUUACAAGAUGCAUUUAUCCGAUAUUCAAAGUACGGUUGGCUUCUUUUGUCUAAAAUGGAUGGAAGUGUCUUUUUCUUCCAUCCCUUUGAUAGGAUUAAAAUAGAACUCCCAAGUUAUUCUUGUGAGGAAGAAUUUAAAUCAAUGAGUUUUUCUUCUCCCCCAACUUCUACUAACUGUUUUGUUAUUGCAAUCAUAUCUAAUGGAUCCAAAUUCGGCAUCAUUAGGCGUGGUGAAGUGGCUUGGACUUUGUGCGAAUUUACAGAGCGUUUUCAGCCUCUUGGUAAUGGGAAUCCCCUACUAUAUAAAGACCGUUGCUAUUGGUUGGGUCUACAAGAGGACGGUCUCCCAACUGAAGUGGGAGUAUUUGAUCCGCAUGAAUACUUGAUUCAUCCUAAUCAAAACAAUUGUCGAUGGAAAUAUCUUUCCUAUUUUACUCCUCCAGAACACUUAGAUAAAUCAUGGAAUAGUUAUUUGUUGGAAAGUGAUGGGAAGCUUUUUGCAGUAUUUGAGCUUAAUGAUAUUGAGCCAAGUAUUCAGAUUUACUCAUUGAAUCUCUCCUCAAUUGGGACAAGGAUGAAAUGGCAUAAAGUGACAAACAUUGGAAAUAAAAUGCUAUAUGUUAGUUCCUAUGGUUCUUUUUCAAAAUUGGUUGUGGCAAAGGGUAUGAGUAAUAAGAUUUACGUGCCAAAUGUUCUAGACAACAAUAACAUAUUCUACUCUCUCCAAACUAAGAAGUACCACUCCUGUUUUAGUGAUUAUUCGAGUAAGAGUAUAUCUCUUGGAAUAGAACUAACCGAAUGCACUUGGAUUAAACCCAAUUACAUAGAUUUGGAUAAAGGGUUUAAAUGGUGA